GGAAUAAAGUUGGAGGAGACGGAAGAAACGCAAUACGGAAGAUAGUGUAAUGAAGGGGAAAAAAUUGAGAGAAUAAUACAAUAUAUUGUUCCACCGUGAAAGAUAACUUAGUUAUUAUUAUUUCAUACAGAUUUUUCAUAAUAAUUGGAGAAAAAAAAAAGGCAACCCACUACUAAAACUCUGUCUAUUUUCUAUUGCAGGGGUCUCCUACAACACAUUUACAUACGUCUAUAUGUAUGUAUAUAUAUAUACACCAAUAUCUAUCUACUACUUGGGUUACCCUGCUAUAUAUUUGAAACUAAGAACAACGUAUCACUGUUAAUAACUACGCUUGUGUAUUGGUUAAUCUUUACCGGUAUUCCAGCUUUUUUUAUUUUCUUCUUCAUUAGAGUUGAUGAGCGCUCAGUUUAUGUAAACGUUAAAAAUAAGCAGCGCUCCUUAUUACGUAUGAAAGUAUAUCUACUCUACCACCAUCUCCUCCGUUGUCGCCGCCGCCCUUCUUUCAUAUUACUUUGACCGACCGCUACCUUUUUUUUUUUUUUUGUCCCCAUCCUUUCACCCUUUUCUCAUUGAUAUACGCCAUCAUCAUCAUGCUGUUGAGAAAAGAGUUGUUUCCUCGUCAAAGUUUUCUGUAGCUGCAAAAGAUUAAAAAAAAAAAAAAGAAAAUAAAUAAAGUAGGGGAGAGAGACGAAACAAUAGCCGGAAUACUGGCGGCACAGAUUUCAUUUCAUUGCCAUGGCUCAAGACGAAGGCCAGCAGCAAUCGGAUCAGCUGGGAGAGAACUGGCUAAACAAUUUCGAGAGUCAGUGCCUCCAAGAACUGGACGCUGAGCCCAACAUGGAGGAGAGAUUGCAAACAGAAAGAGAAUACGCUGCUCAAAAACUUUGGUCGGCUUUUCAGAAUUCGGCCACUGCUAUUGCUCAGAUGUAUCGAGAUCGACACCAAGGCCGUUCUUUAUGGGGUCCAUUUCGAAAUGCAGCUACAGCAGUUACUGAUAUGUACAAAGAUAGUAUAGAUACAUUACGAGGCUGUAUUGAUGUUGGUGUGCAGUGUGGUAAACAACACAGAACAAAGGAUAUUAUUGCCUGGGCCAAAAAGAAACGACGUCAUAUACGUAGAGAAGAACUUCUUGCUUUUCUUUGUGGCAAGAAUCCACCAUUGCGUAACCGAGGAGCAUCUACUGGCAAAAGUGGUACUUGGAUGACUAAAGACAGGCCCUCUCAAAGGUUAUCUCACUGUGGUGGAAGGGAUUUAGAACCAGACACAGAUACUGAAUUGCAAGCUUUUAGUGAUGCAUUGGCCUUGCAAGGUUUAAAUGGUGCUAUGUCAAAUAUUAGUGUAGGAUAUCUACCUCAUACUGGCGGUACCUUAAACAGAAACAUGGAAGAUUUGAACAGAUUCAUUCUUGAUGAAAUAUCUAGGCAUUCUGAUUCCCGCAAAAGAAGUCCACCUUCAGAUGGUAUGGAUUCACCAUCUCGAAAAAAAAGCCGCAUAAUGUAGAAUAAUGACAAAUUGAACCACUACAUGUCACUUGUAGAAAACUUUCUAUAAAAUAAAUACAUAAUAUACACACACACACACACACACACAUAUAUAUAUAUAUGUAUAUAUUGUGUGUGUGUGUGUGUGUGUGUGUGUAUAUAUAUGUGUGUGUGUGUAUAUAUAUAUAUAUAUAUAUAUAUAUAUAUAUCCCCUCGUGUACAUACAGUUAGCUUCUUCUGAAGCUAUUCUUCUGUGAAAUGAUGUUGAGCCAACAUUGUGUUUGCUUCAGCCGAUUAUAUAUAAAUGACUCUUGCUAAAAGGAGACUAAUCUCCCCAUUUGGGGGCCACAAGAGAAAACUGUCAGAGCAGGGAUUUUUUUUCCUUUUUUCUUUUGAUUUUUUUUUUUUUUUUAAAUCCUGGAAAUCUUUUUCUCGUAAUAGUUAUAAGUACAUCUCUUGUGGAUGGUAACCAAAGACAAAUCCUGACAUAACACCUGUGUAAUCAGAUUAUAUUUCUUCAGCGUGCCUAGUUAGCAACUGAAAAAAACUGGGAAGGGAUGCUUUCGCAUCAUAUUCUGCAUUGAAAUGUAAAAGCUGCAACAAUUGAUAGAAGAAUGACCAGGGCCCUCUCGUUGUGGCUGUCCCAGCAACCAACAAGACACAAAUAAUGGAGUUUUAGCAGCCUUAACUUAAUUUUUUCAAUAAACACAAAGUAUUUCGUUCAUUUUUUUAAAAAGCAGUUUCUAUUUCUUCAUUUUUCUUUUUCUUUUCGCCUUUUCAUCUAAGGGUUAGAAUAUUUGCUUGUAAGAAACCAAAAAGUAUUUCUAGUUUAAAAAAGUAAUUAGAUUCUCCAGCUUCUUUAUAUGUGUUGGUCAGUAAGAAAUGUAAUUUUUAAAGAGUUUUUUCACCAUCAUUUUCCCAUUAGUACCACUUAUUUCAGCUGCCUCUGAGACUUUUCAAUUCUUACUUUAUAUAUUCUUAAUCUAAUGAUCAGAGUACUGUUUUUUUUUUUCUUUUAUUCACUGAUUAUGUAGAAGUUAUACAUUUAAGUAAUAAUAAUAACCUUUACUACUGACUUUAGUCACUUGUGAAAUAUAUUUUUCAAAUUUAUUUCUCUUUAUCCAAUAUCAUUAUUUUAGUUUUUAAUAUAUUCAUGAAAUUCUAUUUUAUCCAAAGCAGAUGUCUGUAUUAUUUGAUCCUUUAGCUGGUCUUCCUUAAUAAUUGCAACAUCAAAGAUCUGUAAAAUAGAAUUAUCUCACUUUUAAAUGCUUCUUUUUCUUUGUUUAGCAAAGUUGAAGAUUUUUUCUCUCUUUAUUUCACUGAAAACUCUCUCAUACAAUAUUUUCAGAUAACGACAGCAAUUAUUUUUUUCCCUGUUUUAACUUUAGCUGUAGUCUUUCUUUCUUUUCUCAGUUUGCUACCAUCUGGUCUUUGUUUUAAAGGAAUCAUUGAAUUUCAUUAGUUUUUAAUCAAAAACUUGUGACAAAGAUUUUUGGUUCUGAUGAUGCUCCAUUCCUGUCAGAUUUUUCAAAUUAUUCUUGACUGCUAAGAAAAUUUAGAUUUAAUCCCAGUUGUAUCAAAAAUGGUUACUAAAAUAUUCUAAUAACCAGAAAAACUUUUUUGUUCACAAAACAAAAGUUAAUAUCUUUCUCUCAUUCCAGUGGGCCAUUUUAUUUAUUUUACUUUUUUCUCUUUUUUUUUUUCAAUCCAACAAUUUAGGCAGAAUGUCUUUUUCUUAUUGCUAAAAUCAUUCAUUAAUUUGUUUUAAUUUAUGGUAAGUAAAGCUGUAGAAUCAAGGUGUAUGUUUCCAAAUUGGAUUAAUUAACCAUUCUUCAACUCAGAAAUAGUUCUUCAAUUUUUUAUUUCAAAAUCCAUGGUGUUUAUUAUCCAUGGACAUUGUAUUCACACAGUGUACAUUCCAGAAUGUGUUAAUGGAUAUAAACUGCAAUAUGGAGUUAAUAUAAUCUCCACAAGUCUAUUUCAAAGUCGUUAUCAAAUGGCCAACUCUAGUUUUAUGUAUCUGUGAUAGUUUUUAUGUGAGAGGGUGUGUACAUGUUUGUGCAUGCAUGCAAUAAGUUUCCUAUGUAACUAGACAGACCAGAAUGUUACUAGAUCUUUGUUCCAAAAUACUGAGAUAAUAUUACAAUAUUAGUUUGACAAGAUCUCCAAAUGAAUGCUGUACUAAAAUUAAGAGCCCUAUAUCAUUAAACAUUCAGUCUUAGAGAAAAAAAAACAAAUAUUCAAAUUUGCAAACGUAGUGGUUCAGUAAUUAACAAACAAAAUGUGAUCGUUUGCUUUGUACUUCUGUAAUUAUUGGGCACAAACUGAUCACUAAAAUGGAAUUUUGACUUCCUCCUGGCCCCCUUUUCUCCCAAAUCUCUUCAUUUAUUUUGAUGUGUUGUAAGAUGGUGAAAUAUUAAAUUAUAUUUGUUUAGUUUUUAUUUGUUGAUUGGCUCCUUUUGGCUGAAGAAUGUCUUGUAUGUUAUUGGUAUUACUGACAAUCUUUAAUUUAAUUAGCUUUUACUUUAGUCAAAUUAUAAUGUAUUCCCUCCUCACUUGCCUUCCUUACCUCAUAUAAACUGUCCUGCCAAAUUUAUAGCCCUGUAGAAGAUAAAUUCUUCUGAAGGUAUUUCUUCCUUACAAUGCAACUGUUCACUAAAACAUAACAUGGGUUUGAAAUUGUAUGUGUAUAUGUGUGUAUAUAAUAUAUAUAUAAUAUAUAUAUAUAUAUAUAUAUAUAUAUAUAUAGCUUUAGGUUACUUACCUCUGUGUGUUCUGUGGGCUCUUAGUCAUUGAUAUUAUCUCGGUGCCCUGAGCUGAUUUGACCUUUCUCUGUUCAGUUAACUAGCCUUGCUUUAUGUUGGUAUUAGUAGUAUAUGUGUUAUUUUUUCCCCCUUUGUGUAUGUCUUUUUAUAAUUGUAUAUUUAUCUAUACAGAUGUAUAUGCCUUUAUUUUUAAUUGGUUUGCCAUUUAAUCUAAUUUACUAAGCUAGUAAUAUCAAAAUCUCUUUAAUCAGUUGUCGAUCUAGUUCUUUCAUUGUUGAAAUAUUAAAUAUAUAUUUACAAAACAAAAAAAACAGUAAAAAUAUGGCUGUUUAGAUUGAUUUGUCCAUGUUGGAUGCAAUUUAAUUGUAGCACUUGCUACCCUGAAUAUCAUCAACCUCUUUAAAAGGUGGUGAUAACUAGUGUAAAACGUUUAAAAACAGAAUGGAUAUGACCUGUUUCUAAGAUAGUAUAUGUUAAUAACCUUGUACAAUCCCUAUAGCUAAAUGAUGUAUGUCAUAUAUAUAUAUAUAUAUAUAUAUAUAUAUAUGUCUGUUUUUUGCAGCUGUCUAUUUGAAUGUUAACUGAUGACUUGCAAAUCUGUAGAGAAUGGAGACGAGUACUCCUAACAUUGCAAUAAUGGAAUAAAACUAAAAUUUCCAUUCACCUCCCCUCCCUCUUUAUUUUAUUCUUUUCUUAUCGACAUAUUUACCCCAUUUCUGCCACCCCUCUAUGAAAUGUGUGUGUGUAUAUAUAUAUGUGUGUGUGUAUAUAUAUAUGUAUGUUUGUGUAUAUGUGUGUGUGUGCGCGUGUGUAUGUGUGUGAUAUAUAUACACUUGCACAUGUAUAUAUAUGUGUGUAAUAUAUACACACAUCGUAUGUGUAUAUAAUACAUGCACAUACCUGGGAAAUGUAAACAGUCCUCACUUCUGCUGUAUCUUAGUUUUUUUUUUUUGUAUUUAUUUUUCUUCAAAUUCUGUGAUCUUUUUUUUCUUUUUCUUUUUUUUUUUUUUUUUUUUUUUUUUUUUUGUUUUUUUCAAAUAAAACAAUUUCAAUAGAUGAAUUCCCAAGUUUUGAACAAAAUUGUAAAAGAUGCAAAACACACUCACAGGUUGGGAACUUUGUAAAAUACAAGAAUAAAUAAAAACACAAAACACUUUAAAAAUAUACAUUGAAACUUUA